GGGAGGCAUUGAUAGAUUCAUGGAAAAUUUCUGAUAAUUGUGAAUAUUCCAAUAUCAUAGUCAUAAUAAUUGCAAUAAUUACUAUUGGACUUGUUGAAGGAAUAGUUUUAGGAAUUGUAUUCUCAUAUAUAUUUCUCAUAAUAACAAAUUAUAAAAGAGGAAAAAUUAGAACAAUAUUUCCUAACAAUUCAGCUAGAUCUUCUGUCCGAAGACAUUUCCGUGACCAACAAUUUCUCAAAAAAGUUGGUGGUAUUCAAAUCUAUGUAAAGAUAUUGGAUGGCUAUAUAUUUUAUGGAACAAUGAAAGGUAUUGAAGAUAAUAUAAAGGAAUUCCUGAUUGAUUGUCAACAGGGGUCAAAGCAAAUCAAAUUCUUAAUUUUGAAUAUGUAUGAUGUUACUGGAUUUGAGAUGAAUGCUGUCCAAGUGCUUGAAAACAUUCAAAAGCAUCUUCAGCAUCGAAAAAUAUACCUUGCAAUCUGUGGAAUAUCAUCGCAUGGCUCUGAGCAAGUUCGUAAACCAUUGGAGAAAUUGUCAUUUUGGAGAGAUUCACAUAAUGACUAUGUAAAGGUUUUUAGUAAAUAUAAUGAGGCACUUGAAUGGUGUGAAGAUUCACUUUUGGGAACUUAUUAUGCUAAACACAAACCACUAUUCAAUGAUAACCAGCUUGUUGGAGUUCAACAUCAGAGUAUACCAUCUUUACUUAAUGAUGAGACUUUUUGUAAUUAUCAAGUUGAAAAUGCUGGAAAGUAUAUAUAUAAAAAUGAGCUCUAUCUUAAAAGUAGAUGCAAAUUUGUAAAUAUUUUAAUGAAAGCAUUUAAUGAAACUACCAAUGAGAAUGAGAGAUUCUUUAACUUGUUGGUUCCAUAUUUUAAAGAGGAAAUAGUACAAAUGGAUUCAACACUGUGGGAGAAAGGAUCUGACCCAAAUUUUAUGUAUGUGGUGGAGAAAGGACAAUUGAGUGUCACACAGAUUUCAGCAGAGAAUAAUAAACUAGAACAAAUUGAGAGAAUAUUACCAUUUACUGUG